AUGGUGGUGGAAGUAUUAGACAAAACCGGAGGAACUAUGGACGAGAGGGUUUGGAAAGAUAUAGCGGCUGCAGGAAAGGAGUUGGAAGACAUGGGAGUUUCAGUGACCAACGAAUUAAUAGUGGAGAUGGGGAACAGAAGGACAGUAAAGUUUUGGCUGGACCGAUGGUGUGGAGACAGGAAUCUCAGAGAAAUGUACCCGACAAUCUUCAAGAUCGCUACAAAUAAACAUGCUUAUGUCGCGGAAAAUGCUACAGUAUCACAAGAUGAAACUCAAUGGUUUAUAAGAUGUAACCGGCCACCGAACAUGGAAGAGGAAUGGUCUCAAUGGUCUAAGUUGCUGCAACAGAUUAAAGAUAUACAAGUUAAGAAGGACGAAGAUAGGUGGGCAUGGAAAUCGGAUAGCUAUGGAACGUUUUCGGUCACUACAAUCAGAAACCAUUUAAACAGAAUUGAUGCCAAUUAUGAUGCUGAUGAAUGGAAGUUCUGGAAUAGAUGGGCACCACCAAAGGUAAAUUAUUUCAUUUGGAGAACAGUGUUAGAGAAGAUAUCGGUGAAGCGAGAAUUGGCUAGGAGAGGCAUUCCUUUGAGCAGCUCACUGUGUUCAAGAUGUGGACUUCAAGAGGAGACUGUAAACCACUUCAUAUGUGAAUGCACGAGAUCACAAAGAAUCUGGGAGAAUAUAUUUAUUUGGUUGAAAAUCCCUACUGUACAUGGAAGUCGGUCUUGCAAAGAUGUUCUGGAAUUUGGAAAUAACUUAAAAGGAUCAAGCGAGUGGAAGAAAAUCAUUAAUGUAAUAUUUCAAGCGACUAUUUGGAACAUUUGGAAAUCACGCAACGAUAAAGAAUUUGAAGGCUAUCUACGGAACGACAAGGAGAUAACAGAGAUAAUAAAGGAAGACAGUUUUAUUUGGUUAAAAACAAGGUCGAAAAUGCAAAACAUUGUGUGGGAGAGAUGGGUGGAUUUUAAUAUAAGAGACGUAGUAAGAUAG